UAUAAAAGAUGAUUGGAUUCACCAUCCUAUUAACUAACGAGAGGAGAGGGAGGGGGAAGCAAGCAGGACACCAUUGCUAAAUGGGGCGGCUCAGCCCAGAAGCAGCAGCGGCCGAAGCCCAAUCAGCCGUCAGACAAUCGGGCUUCCCCCGAACAGGCCCUAACUAAUGGCAGCAGACACUUGCGGGAGCUGAGCAGCAAUGGUUGAAGAACCAUGCUCCCGGUGCACGUACUCCUACGAGGAAAGAUAGGAUUUUCAACCCAAGACUUACGUUGAGACCACCAUGCAACGGGAGCAUAGAAGGUGAGGUGUCUGAGCAGGAGCAGCAGAUGCGGAGGUCCUUUCCGUUGAAGGAGGUCCGUCUCCUUCGUCCUUCCUUUUCCCUGAAAUCUCGCCAUUGCAGUGUAUCUGAUACUCGUAGGCACAUGCCCGAAGACCACUCACGCUCUGUCUCUGUAUCCGUCUGUGUCUGAAAGCACACGCAGAGGAGCAAAACUUGUCCUUCGGACAAACGUAAUCUCCACUCCUUCUCUGCUUUCCGUUUCUGCAUAACCAUGCCAGAAAGUGAACUUCAUCAGCCACCUACCUCUUGGUAUCUUUAAGUCCCAACCGAUGGAACAAAGCAAUGCCCUGUAGCAGAAGUUGGAUCAAGCUCAUCUUCCAUCAUCCGGGCAUUAACGAAUCUGCGUGCUCGGCUUCUUCCUCCUGUUUUCGAGCUUUAUCUUGGUGGGUGCCCGCUUCCCUUGUUGUUCGAAUAAUUUGCCUGCGGAUCUCACCUUCCUUUAUGCUAAAGCUCACGAAUUUUGUGAUAGAUUUGGGUUCUUGCUAGUUUCCAUUUCGGGAAAUUCUUCCCCUGAUUGGUGCUGUCAUCUCAAAAAGCAUACCUUUUUUGGUGGUUUGAGUGGGUAAGGAGAUGUCUUUAGCCCCGCUUGCCCGUCAUGCUAAACGCCCGCAGGGGUUCUGCGUGAAGGUGACUGCUGUUGCUGUUCUGGGUCUGUGCUUCAUUGUCGUUUGGUCUAUAUUUUCUUCGCCUUCCACUUCAGUGACUACUCAAAGGGAGAGUUUCGAUGAUAUCAAUGAGCCCGUGUCUGAAGACAAGAAGGUAAUCGAUUCUUCUCGGACUCGACCGAGUAAAGAGGAGCCCGUAAAACAUGAGAAAACUGGAGAGGAUGAUAUGAGAGGGAGAUCUGAAUCUGAUCUGGAGAGGAUUGAGCAGAAACCGGUGAAUAGGUCGGUUUCUUCGCCCCCUGAUGUUCAUCAGUCUGGGCCCACCAAAAGGGGAAAACAUGCUGCUAAACCAAAGAAAGAAAGAAGUGAAAUCAAGUUGCCUAAUGAAGGGGAAAAUGAUAAAGAAGGAUCUGAGGAGUCUGAAGUGAAAGAGGGGGAGGACGGUGGGGAUGAAGAAGUAGUGAUUGAUAAUGGAGAUGAUAAUUCGAACACUGAAAGUGAAACGAAUGGGGGGACGGAGGGAAACGGGGAUUUGGUCGAAUCAGUGGAUUCAGAAGGGGUGGAGAAGGCAGAAGGAGAGAGUGAAGGAUCAAAAGUCCCAGGGAAGAAGAGGAAAGCAAAGGGUCCUGUAUUUGAUCCCAAGGCGCGUUGGAGCUGGAAAAUUUGCAGGACAAGGAGCAAACACAAUUACAUUCCUUGUAUCGACAAUGAAUCAGGGCGGUUCCAGAGCUAUCGGCAUUCCGAGAGGAGCUGCCCUAGAACACCACCAAUGUGUUUAGUUCCUCUUCCUCGUGGAGGAUAUGGGACUCCUGUGAAAUGGCCCGAGAGCAAAAUGAAGAUAUAUUACAAGAAUGUGGCACAUCCAAUACUCGACUCUUUCAUCAAGAAACAUAGUUGGGUGAUGGAAUCUGGGGCGCAUCUUUUGUUUCCUGGGAACCAGUCUGAGUUCAAGGGCGGUGUUCUUCAUUACCUUGAAUUCAUCGAAGAGAUGGUACCAGAUAUUGAAUGGGGGAAGAACAUUCGUGUAGUGCUGGACAUUGGAUGUACAGAUUCGAGCUUUGCAGCCUCUCUCCUUGAUAAGGAUGUUAUCAUAUUAUCUCUGGGGUUGAAGGACGACCUCGUAGAUCUAGCUCAGGUUGCACUUGAACGAGGUUUUCCCACCAUAAUUAGCCCAUUCGCGACUAGAAGGCUUCCUUUCCCGAGCAUGGUAUUUGAUGCUAUUCACUGUGGAGGAUGCAACAUUCUCUGGCAUCACAGGGGGGGGAGGCUGCUUCUGGAGAUGAACAGGAUUCUCAGGCCUAGCGGAUACUUUAUCUUGUCGAGUAAGCACGAGAGCAUUGAAGAAGAAGAAGCCAUGUCGACAUUGACAGCAUCCAUCUGUUGGAAUAUCCUCGCUCACAAAACUGAUGAAGUCAGUGAAGUGGGAGUCAAAGUGUACCAGAAGCCUGAAUCAAACGAUAUAUAUGAGCUGAGAAGGAAGAAAAAUCCUCCUCUGUGCAAGGAGAGCGAAAACCCAAAUGCAGCUUGGUAUGUUCCUAUGAAGACUUGCUUGAAUACAAUUCCUGCUUCAAUUGAAGAAAGGGGAACAGAGUGGCCUGUAGAGUGGCCCGAUAGACUUGAAACUUUACCUGAUUGGCUGGAAAACAAGGACAAGUUAUCUGCUGACACCAACCACUGGAAUGCUAUAUUUAAGAACUCAUAUCUCAGCGGUAUUGGCAUCGACUGGUCCAGUAUCCGAAAUGUAAUGGACAUGAAAGCCAUCUAUGGAGGAUUUGCUGCUGCUCUCUCGCAACAGAAUGUGUGGGUGAUGAACGUGGUACCAGUUCAUGCGCCUGAUACACUUCCCAUCAUUUUUGAACGCGGUCUCAUCGGAAUCUACCACGACUGGUGUGAGUCAUUUGGUACUUAUCCGAGAUCAUACGAUCUCUUGCACGCUGAUCAUCUCUUCUCGAGGCUUAAGAACAGGUGUAAGCAGCCUGUGGCUAUCGUAGUAGAAAUGGACCGAAUUUUACGUCCUGGAGGUUGGGUGAUUGUACGGGAUAAGGUUGAGAUAUUGGAUCCAUUGGAGGGAAUAUUGAGAAGCUUGCACUGGGAAAUUCGACUAACUUAUGCUCAGAACAAGGAAGGUAUACUCUGUGCACAGAAAACUUUGUGGCGUCCAUAGAAUCUUUAGACCAUCGGUCCUUCAUCCUUUUAGGACGAGAGACGAGAAUAGCUGCCAGACUAGUCCUAGUUUUGAAAGUCUUGAUGACACACAAGAAAUUUUUGCUCCCAUUGUUGUAUAGAAAAACAAAGAGCCGUGCUAUCACAUUUUCAGGGAUUUUCUGCAGUUAAGCUCCGGCCGAGUUCAGUGCCAUUCUAGCUUAUUAGAUCGGACUCUUCAUGGACAAGGGCAGAAUUUUGUUCUCCAACAUUGUCAUUAGUUUAUGUCACUGUCGUCGACAACAGCUCAGUUUUUAUGAACUGUUCCGCGAAAAUCACUUGAUAUUGAUUGUUAGUGGCACUGAUGCGCAACUGCAGAGAAUCCUAGUCCGAAUUUUUAUGCUGUAGGUGUGGUCGGUCGGUCAGUCGAUGGACAUUACUAACUUGGAUGACAUUUUGUAAUUCUUGACUGGCGUUUGCCUUUCGGUUCAGUCUUCUGAGGCGUGCUUCUAUUGCUCACGUAAAUGAUAUCAUCUGUGACUUGACA